CAUCUGAUACUCAGAAAUGUAGAACGUAAUUUUUUUAAAGAACAUAUUUUUGCUGUUUAUCUUUUUUGCUUUUACAAUACUGAAUUUCAUUGAAUGUAAGUUUAUGCUUUUAUUACGUCAGUGCGCCGCUAAAUGACGUCAAAUGACGUCUUAGAAUGCAUCCUGUAAUGUCGGAAUGGAGUGGCAGGGAGAUCGUGCUCUUCUCAGGUUGUCACCUAUUGAAUAUUUUUAAAUGGUUAUCAUUAAAAGAUUUAACACGAUGUUGUUUCGUGUGUAAAAUAUGGAAAAGGGUGUCUUAUGAUUCUAGCUUGUGGACACGACUGAGUCUGAGCUCGUUUCAAUACCACCUUGGAGAGAAAGGUCUGGUCAAAUUGUUGUGGGAUCGGUGUAGACCUUUACUUCACAGUUUGAAUCUUUCUCACAUACCAGUAACACCAAGCGUUUUCAACUUAUUAUCGAAGUAUUGUCGUUAUUUAAAAUGCUUGGUCCUUGUCAACUCAUCCUUCGAGGGAUUUAAAAACAGAGAUAAUUUUCACUUUCCCAACACGUUGGAGUUGUUAAACCUACGACAUUCUGGUGAAUCGAAAGCGUUUCUUUGCAUCGCGAAGAAUCUACAACGCGUCAAGUAUUUCGCUUUUACUAACGGAUUUCUUGUGCCGAUUCAAGAUUACGAGAAGCUAUUCCGAGGGCUGACGAACGUCACUAUACUAGAUGUUAGUCAUAGUUAUAUUGUAAAUGACGACAUAUUAACACACGUCGCGGAAAAUUGUCUGCAAUUGACCUCGUUAUCUAUACGACAUUGCAGCAAUUUUUAUGGCGAUUCGUUAGAAUUUCUUAUUGAAAAGUGCCAACAACUCCGUAGUUUAAGCAUUAUCGGUACCGGCAUUGAAGAUUUUGCCUUCGAACGCUGCCCAUGGAAAGAUUCGAAAAUAGAAGAGUUGGAUAUCUCGUGGUGCCGUAACAUAACAAACGCUGGUCUAAACUUAAUCCUUCCUAACUUGACGAGCUUACGGUAUUUGCGCCUGUGUUCCUGCCAGUUUGGAUUAGCAAUUGAUGAGUUAGUGAUGGAAAAUAUGAGGGGGAAGCAUCCAUUUUUAGAAAUACUUGAUAUCAGCUACAGUCAAGCGAUUGAGAACGUGCAUGUUAUCAACCUCGUGAAAUCCUUACCACUGUUGAAACUACUUCGAAUCAGCAAUUGCUUACAACUCAACAAAGAUCUUUUAGACAGCAUUCCGCACGGUAUCGAAGUGUUAUCAACAUUUAGCGGAAGCAAUCGAGUCGUGCAUGGGGCAAGAAGCUAUUUACAGUUACUUGGUAGUGGUGGAAAUUCCUAUCUGGUAUCUCCUUUGCCUGAAGUACCGUCGACCGAACGCUACAAAAUGUAUUCGUUUGAAAAUGCUAUGAAAAAAUAUAUGCCGUAAUAUAAUUAG